AUGGUCACCACAGACCUCCUUAUGGCUGGAACCAACACACCUAUCGCCAAGUUCUUUGUCAACUGUCUGGCCGAGGAGCCGCAGACGGUGGCGGAGUUCUUGGUGCCGCGCAUCCGCCAGGUGCCGGAAGCAUCCAAGUCACUGCUGGGGGACGGAUACAUCCGAUACCUCACCCAGACCAAGGCGUACAGCCAGAUCUUCGCCCGCCUGUUCACUGGCCAGCGCAAGAACCGGUUUGUGGCGGAGGACUGA